AGCAACCCCAACUGGGCAGGCGGCCUGCAUCAUUGCAAUUGUCCAAGGCCGCAGAUCGUCGACGGUCGAGGAUCAUUGAGGUCGAAGUCCGGCUUCGAUUCCACCCUCCCGUCACUUUCGCGUCUUCCCUGUAUCUGUCUCCUUCUACGCCGACGAGGUCGCAAGGACUUCCUUUAUCGAACUUGAUGACCUCGAAGCGUGCGUCAUCCGGAAGUCGCAAGCCUCUCUAAUCCCAUCCGUGUUUCCCGGUGCACAGUGUCCGGUUAUUCCUGUCGCACAUCCCAAGCCAUGUACCCGACCGACUGAGCCUGCGCAAUUGUUCCCCUCGCAGCCUGUGGCAAUCAACUGCUUCGAGCAACCUAGAUAGCCAUGUCCGCACAGGACUUUGGCGUUGUCGCGAUUGUCUUGCCCAACCCACAAUAUGACCCCUCCAAUGGAGCCCGCAUUGUCAAUGAAUCUUUUGGCUUUGCAUUGAGAGCGUCGGGCCUCAUUCGCACGCUGUCUCCCAGCAAUCCUCACCAUUACGAUGUCAUACAAGGCCUUCUAUAUUCUCCCGCCCUUCCGCCCUCCAGUCCUUGUGACAACUCCACUAGAUCCCUGAUUCCGGCCAAUGCCACGACACGGGCCCAGAUACCUCCGGGCGAUUACCCAUUGAUUGCGUUGGCACCGUGGACGGAGCCAGAAUGCGUCUUCUCCUACCUCUCCGCCAUGCGGUCCGACCAGGUCCGAGGAGCAAUAUUCUUUCAACCUGGCAACUCGAAUACACAACCUCCUCCCGUCAGCGAUCGCUCCUGGACUCUCCAUGACGGUGGACAAUGGAAGUCCACAAACGAAUAUCCAGUAUAUGCAAUACCUGGGAUGCUAGGAUCUUUCCUUCUCAAUGAACUAGCGCUUUAUUCAGGGAACAUGUCAGAAGUACCAUUUGGCAGCGACCUUGUCGAGAUAUACAACCCUCACGAUACUAUCAGGCUGUAUGCAAGAAUGGAUGUCAACACAACCACCGGCAUCCCUUCGCUAUGGGUGUUUUUGAUCAUCGUCUUGGCCAUCCUUCUGGCCGUGGUCUUGAUGACCUCGAUCGUCAUGCACAUGAUACAACGAAGGCAACGACGCAUCCUCCAGCGGCGAGUGGCGAACGGAGAGGUUGACCUUGAGGCAUUGGGGAUCAAGAGGCUGCAAGUGCCACAAGAGCUACUUGACAAGAUGCCAAAGUACACAUACCAUGCGAAGUCGGAGCCGAAUAGCAUCAAUGGCGACGGGCUAAAUGAGACCGUCGAGCCCGAAACGAUUGAUGCAGUCAAACCUGAAGCAGAAAAGCCGGCGCACAAUGACGGGAAUGACGGGAAGGACGUCGAGAGUGCAAUUGCCCCAGCCAUCGUGGUCCGGCCGGUUGCCUUUUCUCAGUCGACGUGUCCAAUUUGUCUGGACGACUUCAUAAGCGGAGAGACCACCGUUCGCGAACUGCCCUGUAACCAUGUCUUCCAUCCGGAGUGCAUCGAUCCCUUUCUCCGCGACAACAGCUCAUUAUGUCCACUGUGCAAGAAAUCGUCGCUUCCCGCGGGAUACUGUCCCGUGCAAGUGACAAACCUCAUGGUGAGGCGAGAAAGACUAAUGCGGAGGAUGCGGCAGCGAUCGAGCGCUCCAGAGGAAUCAUCAGCGGGCACCCAUAUGAAUCGACUCCCUGCGCCGAUACUUGCAUUAACCGGUCGCUCGGUCCGGACCAUUUCGAUACCGAUGGUGUCUCCUCAGAUUCCCAUGGAUCAGGCGAGGACUGCCACUGCAAGCAUGGAGAAUGGACCAUUCGCUCGCAGACGAAAUACGAUGGAAGACGAGAUCCCGGCCGAUGUUCGAGCUCAGGGGAUAUCCGCGAGGAGAGCAUGGCUGCGUGAACGACUGGCGCGCAGAGAAGCUCGCAGUUAUGAACAGCGGGCUGAUGAAGGUCGCGCGGCUGAGGAGUCGAGACCCCUCUGGCGUCGGAUCGCAGGUCGCCUGUUCCCCAGCCUUUGACGAGGUGAUGAUGUUCGGGCGAUAUACCCUUGAGUAGUUUUGAUGCAUAGCGUCUGGCGUUUCCGCGAUGUUUUUAAGUUGGCACCAGGGAGGUACACGCGUUACACGCGUCGAUACAUGAUGGGACGGUUGGGAAAAACAUGACGGAUAAUGAGUCUCCAUGUGGAUGAAGGUGUGGGAUACGUGGGUUUGGGUUCGAAUACGCGACGUCUGUCAUGGCGUGGCCGGUCGGAUUCAUGAUAGGACCAAAGCUGUAUCUUAACUGGCGAACUUGUCAUGCUUCCCCUUCAC